UGACCCCUUAACGCGUUAACGAAGGAAGAUAGCUGUGAGCCUGUGAGCUGGCCGACUCCGAGUUCUGUCGAUCGCGAUCUUCUUGUGAUUCCUGACGCUGCUGUGCUUCCUCCUUUCGUUGUUCUUCGAUUUUUGUGCCGCCGGUAAGGCUACUCGAUACCUGUGAUUGUUAUCGAGGUGCAGCGGCCAUCUAGGGUUUUGUUCCUGAUCUGAUUGAUUGCUGUUCUCCGUUUUUCUUCCAUUUCUCUUUCGAUAUUCUGACCGUUUCUCAAAAGUGAUACGAGUCUGCAUUAAUUGUGUAUGUAUUGUGCUGAUUCGUAGAAAGUGUUACGGGAUUUUUGCUAGCAAUUCAGUUUUCGAAGAUAUUUUUUGAAUUUCUGUUUUUGAGUCUACUGGUUGUUGGUAAGGGUUGUAUUAAUUGAAAAAAAAAAAACAUUCUAAACAUAUUAGGUUGCCGGGGUUGGAAAUUUGAGAUUUUGGGCUUAGGGCUCGAAUAAAUCUUUUCCUUAAAAAACUGAUUACUGAUUAAGGGGACUUGUACUUGUCAAUCACAUGGCAGCAGGGAGGGAAAAUGUUCCGAGGAGAAGAGAAUCUUACAAAUAUAGUUCCAAUAAGGAAUUUGAUCAUUAUAGUAGUGGUUCUUUUGGCGUGGCAGUGCACCGGUCUAGCAGCCACCGACACGUCACAUAUAAGAAUGGUCGUAGAUCUUCUUCAGAUUUCGAGGAUUCAGGUCCUCAACGGAUUGAGUCUUAUGGUAAAAGAGAAGAGAGAGAGCAGGGUGAGUUUUAUGGAGAUAAUGGGAAAUAUGCACCUACAUCAAUCUUCAGGGAAGAAGACGGUGAAGUUGUGGACGGUGAAAAUGCUCAUGCACCACCAGAGAAGAGAAGAAAAAUUUCUCCAAUUGUAUGGGACCUAGCGGAGAAGGAAGUAAAAAUAUCUUCUAAGAACAGGAUGGCACAGGUGACUGCUUUGUCUCCCUCUUGUCUAUCUCAACUAAGCUCUCAUGGAGUUAAUGGUGUGUUUUAUGGCAUAGCUAUUAAUUCUGAGUCUCCAGCUGAUUUCUCUAGUGCAUUACCUCAAGGCGAUUCAGGCAAUAAUACUGAAUAUAUUGACCAGCCUGAUGGAAAACAUGUAAAAGGUUGGAAUAUCACAAUGUCAAGAUGGUUGUCUGAUGAUUAUUCCCCCAGGAAUGAUUCUGAUGAUGAUUACAUGCAUGGAAAAGAGGCAUCAAGCCCAGAAAGUGGUGAAUUCAAAUGUGGAAGUUCAGAAGGCAAAAAAACGAGAUCAUCAAGAAAUAGUGGAGGAGUUGAUUGCUGCCGCUCUUCGAGUAAAGAAGAUAAUGAUUCUGAAAAGGAGUUACUUGUGGACACUAUGGAUGAUGAUGAGGAAUAUAGUGAAACUUCUAAUGUUACUUACCCUUCAUCAGAUCCUGAAAAUAGUGGCAGUUUGGUACCAGUGCAGAGAAACAUCAGCAGCAUUCAGGGUUGCAGAAGUGUUUUAGAAUUUGAGAUGAUCAAGAAAAUAAAUGAAGGAACUUAUGGUAUUGUCUAUAAGGCUAAGGAUAAGAAGACUGGGGAAAUUGUAGCAUUAAAGAAGGUGAAGAUGAAUAUGGAUAGAGAUGGCUUUCCGUUGUCCUCUCUGAGGGAAAUAAAUAUUCUCUCAUUUAAUCACCCUUCUAUUGUGGAAGUUAAAGAGGUGGUUGUGGAUGAUUUUGAUGGUGUUUUUAUGGUGAUGGAAUAUAUGGAGUAUGACCUAAAAGGUCUGAUCCAGACGAUGAAGCGGCCAUUUAGUAUAGUUGAAAUAAAAUCCUUGAUGAUGAAACUUCUCAAGGGUGUCAAGUAUCUCCAUGACAAUUGGGUUCUUCACAGAGAUUUGAAGACAUCAAAUAUUCUGUUAAACAAAGAGGGUGAGCUGAAAAUAUGCGACUUUGGUUUAUCUCGUCAUUAUGGAAGCCCACUCAAGCCAUAUACUCCUCUUGUGGUUACUCUAUGGUACAGGGCUCCUGAGCUUCUGCUAGGUGCUAAAGAAUACUCAACAGCGAUUGACAUGUGGUCAAUUGGUUGCAUAAUGGCUGAACUAAUUGCAAAGGCCCCUCUGUUCAGGGGAAAAUCUGAAAUUGAGCAGCUUAAUAAUAUUUUCCAAACCCUGGGCACACCUAAUGAGAAAAUUUGGCCAGGAGUAUCCAAAUUAUCUGGAUUCAAGGCCAACUUUGUUAAGCAGCCGCACAAUGUGUUGCGGAAGAAGUUUCCUGCUGCAUCCUUCAUUGGAUCACCUGUUCUUUCUGAAGUGGGAUUUGACUUGUUGAGCAAGCUGCUAGCUUAUGACCCUGACAAGAGGAUAUCUGCCGAAGCUGCUCUUCUUCAUGACUGGUUCCAUGAAGCCCCUCUUCCUAAAUCUGACUUAAAUAUCACAUUACCUUCACAGCGUUGCUAGUACUGUAGGACAGGUACAUCUGCUGGCUGCUUGUGAGACAUCUUCAGGAACAGUGCUAUUUCUUUUUUCUCAUAAUUGUUUGUCUCACCAAGUUUAUGACUACAUGUGUAAAAAUUAAUGUGAUUACAAAGGACAGGGCAAUGAACUCUGCUAGACUUUUGGUUGACAUGGUUAGCAACGGAUUGAUGUUUAGAUGCUCGGGAAGGUGUGACCUUAUACUUCUUUCUUAAAAAAAAUGUUCAAUCCAAACUCAACGCGUUCUCCCUCCCCCCCACCCAAAAAAAAAAAAAAUGCAUUGUGUUUGCUAAAAGAUGCACAUAUAUUUCAGGAUUUUCUGUAGCAAAUGGUGAAUUUCUUGCGAUGGUGAUGUUCACAUUCUCUUUCCUUCUUAACAAUUUUCUAUCAAUGAGAUGUAUGUAAUCUAAGGAUUUAAUGGAUGUGUCAUUUCCUUUUUGGCCAUGCAAGAGUGAUAUUAUUUUUUAUCCUUUGCAUUUUUAUUUUAAGUUAAAACAAAUGGUUGUUACUUUUUGCGAAGUUAUCAUUACAAGGCAUUCCAGGGUUCAGUUCAUCGUGAACUUCUGUAGUUGUUUACUAUAUUGCCCAUUGUUGUUCGUGGAUUUAGAUUAUAUUUCUGAAGUGUCAUGAUGGAGAAGAUGGGUAAUGUCAUAAGGCGCAGAGCAAUAUUAUGUAACUUUUGCGCAUGAGGUAAAAUGCAAUGUCUUCCUCAUCCUUCCCUUGUAUAAUUCAACGAUAUUUAUACAGCAUCCCUUUUUGAGUUUUUCCUUAUCUAUUUCUACUUAGUGACACGUAGGUAUAAUGGUUGACUGCUGUUGCAGUCAGUAGGCUAACGUCUGGAUGGUGCGUUUGGAGUCUCUGUUUACUGAGGUAUGUAGUUUUUCUAAUCCUACAUCAGGGGCAUUACUUAAUAGCAUGUUCCCAGUUGGUACCAUAAUUAAUUUGACGCUUUGCUGUGAAGGUCCGUUGUUGCGAUAAUUUGAUUUGUGUAGAACAAUUGAAUAUCAGUUGAGAAGUCUUCCUUAUCAUAAAUGUUAUUGCCCGAAGGCUAAAUUCUGACA